CAUGCUAGUCAAGCUGGAUCAGCUGACAUCAGCCUGCUUCUCCUUUUGAUGCACUUCCUCCUCCGUUGACUGAUAGCGCUUCUUGGGACAGUAUUGUUUCGUUAUCGGAGCUUUACUGGCAUCAGAUUUUAGAUUUGAGCCAAGUAGACCUCGCUGGUCCAGCAGGUUAGAGCGCCGGAUAGAUGCUGCUGGAGUGGAUGAUGAACGGGCACGCCAUUCUUUAUACGGGGGUCACUUUGGCCUUCUGGAGUACCAUACUAAUCGUCGGUAUCUGCUAUACCAUAUUUGACCUUGGAUUCCGCUUUGAUGUGGCAUGGUUCCUUACAGAGACUUCUCCCUAUAUGUGGGCCAAUCUGGGCAUUGGUUUGGCCAUCUCUCUCUCUGUGGUAGGAGCUGCCUGGGGGAUCUACAUCACUGGCUCAAGCAUCAUUGGUGGUGGUGUUAAGGCUCCACGAAUCAAAACUAAAAAUUUGGUCAGCAUCAUCUUCUGUGAAGCUGUUGCGAUUUACGGGAUCAUCAUGGCUAUUGUCAUCACCAACAUGGCUGAGAGGUUCAAUGGAGACACCCCUGAUACCAUCGGGGCAAGAAACUACCAAGCUGGCUACUCCAUGUUUGGAGCUGGUCUGACUGUGGGCUUUUCCAACCUUUUCUGUGGGAUCUGCGUCGGCAUUGUGGGCAGCGGAGCAGCUUUGGCAGACGCCCAGAACGCCAGUCUCUUCGUGAAGAUUCUGAUUGUGGAAAUCUUUGGCAGCGCCAUCGGCCUGUUUGGUGUCAUUGUAGCUAUUCUGCAGACGUCGAAAGUAAAGAUGGGUGACUAGAAGAUGCAUUCACAUGCUGAGAAGAGAAAUACACUGCUGGAAUAAUAAGAUGGAUUAUUGUGUAAAUACAUCGUAAAUUAUUUAAAUGUCUCUAUUUGCCUGGUUUUGUUUUUAACCAUCAUUCAUUCAAGAGUGGUACGUGCAUGUUCUCCUGUUGUCUUUAGGGAAACACGAAUGUUGGAUAGGAAAAAAAAUGUGCUUUUAUUGUGCAUUUCUUUGUUGAUGAGGUGAUAUAAAUACGUGUAAGCGUUUAUCUGGAUGAGUAGUACAAGCAGAAAUGUAAAUGUUGUGAAGGACUGCAGGUGAAGGCUUGUCUCCUAACACCAGCCCGUCUGCAGUUUUAAGAUACUGACAUUUUGCAACUGCAUCCCAUGGAUUGAUUCACUCUCUGAAUUAAAGGAGAGCUUUAUAUGGGUUGGCACAUCUCCAAAGCAUCAUUUUCUUCUCACCACUCUUGCUGAAUGGUAGUUAAAAAUAACACUAGAGUAUUUGAAAAUAUUUGUGUGUGUGCGUGUGUGUAUGCUGAACAUGUGAUCUCUCUCUUUUUUUUUCUUUUUCUUUUUCCUGUGAAGCAUGAGGUUGUUUAUCAUUGUGUUUGUAGCCUGGUCUGUCAGUUUGUGUGCAUUUUUUUUUUAAUCUCUUCUUUUCUCAUAAGGAAGUGGUCCUUAAUCCUCACAGUGGCCCAAAUACAGUACAUCGUAAUAGUGAUGGUAACUUUCUGAAGUUCAAAUUGGAGUCUUGAUCUACAAUCGUUGCUAAAGUCACAGAAUAGUUUUUGGGGAGGCCAAAUGGAGACCGGUCCCAGAAGAAUGUGGCAUUCAUUUCCUUAGCGGUGGAAAAUAUGAAGCCACUCCAUCAGAGCUGCCCAUAUAAGAUCAGUUUGUCCAAGAUGUGACUCUUCAUGUAGUUUUUAUGUUGAUAUAUCCAAGGUAGGGUUGUAUAGUGUUGGCUGAGAGAAAGCCAAAAGAAACCCUUUUCCCGUAGUGUUGUGAAUAGAAAUCAACAGAUUUACACUGAAACAAAAAUGACCUCAGCAUGAAAUUGAAUUUUAGGAAAUCUAAAAUGUCAAAACUGCUCUGUCAUCUUUAACCUGAAUUGUUCUCUGACAGGAAAUGAGAAUUUAUUAUGCCACCAUUACCACCUACUCAUUAGUAACUGUUCAUUGCACUGGAGGAUAUACAGGGAAAUAAUUCUGUUUAGAUGCAGUGAUCCACUGACUCUGAUUAUUUGGAAAUCUCUGCUGCUCUGUUUCCCAAAUGUGGGUGAAAAGUAUGGACUCUUACUUCAUAUAAUCACAAAUCCAGAUUUUUAAUAAACCCUUAUAUACACAAGCAUUUAAUUUCACAAAUCUCCGUAUUGCUUUGUUUUAAUAAACUCUUGUUUUGAAUGUACCUGUUAAAGUUUGAUUGCAGAGUCAAAAUGUCAGCUGUUCACAUCUGUGUUUUUGCAUUGUUUUCUAACAUUCCUUAAAGUUUCCUUCAUGUGUGUGGCUAGAAACUGGUGUUAGACUCCUGCAGCGUCACAACAAAGCCAUCAUUCAAUUUUUGAACCAUUGUUCUUGCCAGCUGAUGGUUUCAGUGUUUACAUGUGUUAUGCAGACUGUUUUUCUGCUUCAUUUCCUAAUCGUUUGGCUUUCAGCAGCCAGUAGAAUAUAGUGGAAGUGGGCUCAGAGAUGAAAGUGUUGAAAUGCUGCAACAUAUAGUCUGAUGUUUGAUGGUGACAUAUGGAAAAAGUUCUUGGUGCAUCAUUCCACAGAGAUGACAGACCACGGUUAAUUGUGAAUCGUCUCAUAUCUUUCCUUGUAAUUUUUCCUCCAUACUUCUUCUGAAAGAGUGUAAACGUUGAACCAGACGUGGGGAAAGGGAGUUGUCUAAAUGUCAGGUGUCAAAGCAGUGACAUCAUCUUUGGUGACCCAGGCUCUGUACCGGACCCCAGGCUUUCAGUGACUGUAGAUGGUACUGUGUGUACGUUAUGUUGACGUGAUGGUGAUCAGCAAAUAACUCGCUGUUUUUGACAUUGUGUAUAAUAUUAACAAAAUCAGACUUUUCUUCUGGCUUCAUAAAUGUCCUCGAGAAAAUAAAAUGGUUCAGUCAA